AUGUCAAAACAAUCGAUUCUAUCGAUUUGGACGACAAUUUUAGCCGUUUGUUUAAUUUUUUCAAUGUUUCAACCAAUAGAAUCGAAUCCAAGUUUAAUUUUUAAAUCUGGUGGUAAAAAAGGUGAUUCAACAAUCAUGUUUCCGAAUCAUAGUAAAUGUGGUAUGCCAACCAUAUUGAAAACAAGUGGAAAAAGAAAGGGAAAAAAUCUAUUCAUAUUAGGACAUGAUGAAAAAUGUAAAGAAGAAUAUAAACCAUAUUUUUAUCCAGUACAUCAAGAAGAAAAAUAUCAUCAUGAAGAACAUGUAUCAGUAAUGCCUGUUCAUAGUGGUUAUAGUCAUGGAUCAUCAUAUGGUGGUGGUGGUGGUGGUGGAUAUCAAUCUUAUGGUGGAAGCCAUAACUCCUAUGGCAGUGGUGGUGGUGGUGGUGGACAUGAUUCUUACAGUGGUGGUGGCGGUGGAAGCCAUUCUAUGAGCUAUUCAGAUGUUGAUCCAUAUCAAGCAUAUGGAUCAUAUCAUUAUCCAGUUUAUAAUCAAUAUAAUGGUUAUCAUCAUCCAUAUGGUUAUUAUUAAAUAUUAAAAUGAUUUGGAUUGAUUGAUUGAUUGAUUCACUUUGAUGGCGAUAAAAAUCCAUGGUAUUUGAAAAUUAUUUAUUAUUCAACGAUAUUUCAGAUAAAAAUCAACGAUAAUCAUUAUUUUUACGGUUAAAUCUCUAAUUUCAUUUACAAAAAAAUGGGUCUCUAGUUUUCUAAAGUUCAAUUUUAUUUUUUUUUCACGUUUA